AAAUAACAUGGAUAACCUCCAAAACUGAGAAGAAAAUAUACAUGAAGAUAUUCUUGACGAGGGUGUUGAAAGAUCAGUCUUGAUAAAUUCCCUCCAUCUUGAGACUAAGCUGUCACAGACUCCGUUCGAUCCUCAGCCUAGGAUCAAUCUACUUAGGAAGACAUUCUCCGGAUCUGGAGUUAGACAAGGCAGAGAGCUGUGUGCAAGAAUUUUUGGAUCUUCUUGAGAUGCCAAAGUUGCACUUCUUAAGAAAGUGUCUGCAAGGACUCAGCCUUCAACCAAAAAUAUUCAUAAUGAUGUCAGAGAAUUGCUACAGAAGGCCAUUAAGUUAAGGAAUUCAGAAAGCGUUGAGGUAGAGCUCGAUGUAAGCCCAAAGUUUGGAAGUAAUCAAUGCUCUGAUUCCUUCAAACAAAUGAGCAAGGAAGUGACCGUAGGAGACCUUCUCGGUCCUUUCUGAUAAUUAAUUAGUAUAUUAACAAUUCUCCUUACCUUGCUCUCUUUUGGUGUAGCAUCAUGUCUUAAUAAAUCUAGAACAAGUUAAGUCAUACUGGUUAAAACAAGAAUACAUUUUUCAGGAAAAUAGAUAUUUCAGAACUAUAAUUUCCAUAGUUUUUAUGCAGCUUUGUUUAAUUUCUACACAGAAUAAGUAAUAAUAUAAUUUUGAAUUCUCUCCUUAAAUUUUAAGUCGGGAUAUCCGAGUAAAUGCUAUUAUAAAUUAUUAUUUUUAUUCCAUGCAAGCUUCUGAUUGAAAUUCAGUCUUCGAGAUAAUAUUUGAAGGCCUAUUUUAAAGAUCAUUCCAAUCAUUAAAUUGAACUAUAAGUUAUUAAUAAUAUUCUCUCUCUUUCCAUUUUCUGUAUUUUGGAUAAAAAAUUUCUAGCUAAGAAAAUUUUCUUAAUUUUUAUUUGUAUAUUUUCUAUCGUAAGAAAAGAGGCUUACAUUCAAAUUGUGCUACAAAAAUUAAUUGCUAGUACCUUUUCAUGGGAGAUAGAUAAAAUUCCCUGAAAUUUGAUAUCUUGCCAUGUGUUAAUUCCAAUAAUUCUUUUAACACUCUUAAAUAUUGUUUAAGACGUAAAAAAUUAAGAACCAAUUUUUAGGAAAAUUCUUUAGAAGCAAUUAUUAUUCAUAGAGGUUAUAUUUUUGACACAAAUCAGAGAUCCUUCCUAUUUCAAGUGAUGAUGUCUGGUAUUCAUAAUUUUAGUGUAUUAUCAGCUUUUUGGAUACUAUACGAGUCAUAAGUUUUAAUGCCAAAUUUAAAUCCUUAUGGUUAAAAUUUAUACGAAUAAUUCUAAAAUUUCACCGAGAAAUGUUAUUCUUCUACUUCAGUAAAAUUUAUUCAGGCAAGAAGUCCUCACUUGGUGAUGCUGUCAAAGAGAUUUUUGGUUCACAGAACUGAGCUUCAGAACUUAU